AUGUCCAAGGAAGAUAAGAAGGAAUCGGGCUAUGGCUUGGGAACGGAAAUUGAUGGCACUGACUCUGGCACUGACUCUCUCGAUACUAUUACUGCGCUGAUUGCUGAAGACCACCAACAUGACAUCAAGCUUCGGACUAUGUCUUGGCACAAGACUGCUUGUCUGCUUGCAGGCGAUCAGGUCUGCCUGGCUAUCAUGGCCCAGUCAUGGUCUCUCUCUGUUCUGGGAUGGGUUCCUGGAAUUAUUACUAUGGUCUUGUGCUGCAUCCUUUUCUGGUUUACCUCCAUUACCAUGCACAAGUACAUCAUGAAAUACCCUCAGAUCAAAGAUAUCUGCGACUUUGGAUACUAUAUCUUCGGAAAAAGCAAGGCUGCCUAUGUUUUUUCAGCAUUCAUGUUGCUUGCAAACAAUAUCUUGUUGAUCGGUUUCCACACAUUGACCGGCGCCAAGGUUCUGAAUACCCUCUCCGACCACUCGCUGUGCACAGCUGUGUUCUCAGUAAUUGUCACCAUUAUGGGAAUCGUCAUGUCCAUGCCCCGAACUCUGAACCAUGUCAGCUUCAUGUCGAUGUUUUCAUCUGCUUGCAUGGGAAUCGCGAUUCUUCUCUUCAUGGUGUUCGCUGGAAUUGAGAAAGCCCCUCUGUACGGGUACAAUGGAAGCUUCCCCACUGACGGGCCUGUAAAAACCUACGCAUUCCCCCUUCCAGGCACCACAUGGGUUGCAUGCAUGAACGCCGUGCUGAAUAUCACCUUCCUUUGGGUCCCCCAGAUCCUAUUUCCGACCUUCAUCGCUGAAAUGGAAAGGCCACAGGACUUUCCCAAAGCGCUGGCUGUUUUGACCGUGAUUUCCGCGGUCCUGUUCAUUGUGCCUCCGGCCAUCGGAUUCCGCUACCUGGGACAAUACGCCACAGCACCGGCAUUCGGCAGUCUGGGCGUGGUAUCCUACAAGAAAGCAUCGUUCGGCUUCGUGAUUGUUCCGACCUUGAUUAUCGGCGUGAUCUACGCCAAUGUGACAGCGAAAUUCAUUUACACUCGGGUUCUGGGCGCCUCCCGCCACAGCCACAGCCACACGGUCGUCGGAUGGAGUGUUUGGGGUGGCAUCAUGGUUGGAAUUUACCUGAUCGCGUUCGUAUUCUCCGAGGUUGUUCCCAGCAUGGGUGAUUUCCUCUCCCUGCUUAGUGCGGCAUUUGACUCCUUCUUUGGAUUCAUUUACUUUGCUAUUGCGUACUGGCAGCUCAACCGCGGCUCGCUGUUUAACGGCCUCGGAAAGACUACCAUGACUUUGUUCAAUGUCUUUAUCUUUAUCGUUGGACUCUUUAUUCUAGGACCUGGACUCUACGCUGCUGUGGAGGCUAUCAUUACAGACUACUCGGGGUCUGUGACGCCGGCCUUUACUUGCGCUAACAUAGCCAUUUAA